AUGUCUGGUGAAAGUGAUGCUAAUCUCAAACAAGAUGCUACAAAAAAAAUGAGCAAGUCUUCAACAGGCAAAAGAAAGUUCCACCAAAAGUCCCGAAAUGGAUGCCUGACAUGUAAGAAAAGACGGGUUAAGUGUGAUGAACAACGGCCGGUAUGUCAGAAAUGUCAGCACAUGAAUUUGACUUGUGGAUAUGCUACGAAUGGGAAUGGUGGGUCGCAGGAUGAGAAAGACCCAUUGCCGAUAAAUAAGAAGCGGAAGAUGUCAACGGGCUCUAUGUCCCCCGGAAGUGAGUCUAAUGAGUCUAGCACCCAACAGGAGACAUCGAGUGUCAGUCCGGCGCCAAAUAUGGGGUCCAAAUUGGGGCCGGGAGCAGAAAAGAUUCCAGGAAACUUAUUGAAUGCCGGCAACUUGAAUAACCUCAAUUUGAGCCAUUUGGUGAAUAACUUGAGUGGCCUCGGAGGAGGGUUAAAUUCUCUCGGGAAUUUGGCCAGCUUGACAAAUUUAGCGACGCUAGCACAAUUGCCUAUAGAUUUAAGUAACUUGGGAAGCCUUAUCGAUUCGCAAAUACACUCUGCUGUAGCCAAUAAUACUGCAAACAAUAUGCCGUACAGUAACGAUUCCCAGAAGGUCAAGAAGCAGAAUGAAUCAGUAAACAAUAAUGGAAUCAACAUAAAACAAGAAGAGGGCGAGAACCAACAAUCGGGUCCGAUACCACAACAACCAGGAACACAACCUCAGCAUAGUCACCCCGGCGAACAACAUGAACCACAACCGGAAGGUAGUGGAGCUAUACCGAAUAUAUCACCUAAUGUCAAUACUCUGACGUCGCAUUUGACUGAUAAUCCAUUGAAUAAUCCUAUGGCCGGAAUGGGAUCUUCAAACUUAAACAUGCUAGACUUGAGGUUAAUGUUUCAUUACACUUCCCAGGUAGCAAGCACAAUUACAGGUGCAGGUAUAUCGGAUACUAAUAUAUGGAAUUAUGACAUUCCCAUGUUAGCAUUUGACCAUCCAUUCUUGAUGCACUCCAUUCUUGCCUUCAGUGCAACCCAUUUAUCCAGAACUGAAAAGGGAUUAGAUCAGUGCGUGACAUGUCAUAGAGGUGAUGCGUUGAGGCUAUUAAGGGAAGCUGUGUUAGAUAUCAACUGCGAUAAUACGGACGCAUUAGUUGCCAGUGCCUUAAUUUUAAUCAUGGAUUCAUUGGCAAACGCAUCGUUUCCGCUGUCUACUUCUCCCAAAUCCCUACCCGCAUCUGCAUGGAUUUUCCACGUCAAGGGGGCAGCUACAAUUUUAACGGCAGUGUGGCCGUUGACUGAAACUUCACGGUUCUACAAAUUCAUAUCUGUUGAUUUGGGCGACCUAGGUGAUAUAAUCAGCCAAAGGGUAAAUGUCGACCCCAGCAAGGCCGCAAGUGACCAGAAAUUCUUCACCGAUUUGGAGUGCCAUGACUCUGAAAUCGCAGACUUGUUCCCGGUCGAGAUUGACUCUCCGUACCUUGUUACACUUGCAUACCUCAAUAAACUUCACAAAGAACGCUACAAAUCGGAUUUCAUCCUCAGAAUCUUCGCAUUUCCCGCUCUUCUCGAUAAGUCCUUCUUGUCUCUAUUAAUGACUGGGGACAUCAAGGCAAUGAGAAUAAUGCGCUCGUACUACAAACUUCUCCGCUCAUUCACCACGGAAAUGAAAGACAAAGUCUGGUUCCUCGAGGGUGUUUCGCAGGUCUUACCUGUAGACGUCGAAGAGUACGCUGGAGGUGCCGGUGGUAUGCAUAUGAUGCUUGACUUCUUGGGCGGUGGUCCAUCAAUCAUAGAUAAUGAAAUUGACGAUGAAAUUACAAAGUUUGAUCCUAGUGGAUCCCUAACUAAUCGCUUAAUUGACACUAAUAAUUUACCGAGUGAUAUUACAAGCAACCUUGAUGUCAUGCAAGGUGGUAACGGUUUCAUGAAUAUCAAAUAA